CUCCCCUCCCCCCUUCUACCUAUUUCCUCCGUCCUCCAUCGCCCGCUUCUCCAUUCUAACAAAGAAAUCUCAAGGUUUUAAGUUCGUCAGAUUAACUGAAGAAAAGUUCAGAUGAAGACAUCACUUUACAAGGAGGGGCCCAGGGCUGAUGCAAUGAAAGGAACUUCAGAAAGUGCUGUGAACCAGUCCCAAAGAGAUCUCGAACUGAACAAUGGCAAGGCUCCUGUCACCACCCAUUCAGUAUCAAAUCAAUCAACCCGGCGUAGUAGUCGGGAUCCAAGGCUGGCUGCAUCACUACGUAGCCGACCGAUUCAGAAAGAAACAUCCAUGAUCCAACCAGCAGUUUCACCUAGCCGGCGGGUUACUAUAUUAAAGAUAGCAGAUGUGGAUCCUCGUGAUGGCCUCCCAUUAUUCUUGUCCCACUCGGUUGAGCUUCCUGGUCAAGAUCCAGCAACCCAACCUGUCCCAGACAUGAUCAAUCUUCCACCUGGAAUACCGAUCAGUACGUUCAGGGUAACAACUGAUCCUAGUGAUGGCCAAUCUGUAAUAUUGUCUCGCACAGUUGAAGUAACUGGCCAUGCUCCCAACUCUGUGGUUGAUGCUUCAAAUAGUACCACAGGGCAACCCAGUGGUAGUGUUGUGAAGGCCAGGGAAACUCAUGAUGAUAAUCAGACCAUGGUGCGAAUGAUUUUUAAAACUGCACUAAAAGAGUUUGUGACGAAACAAAUUGAGGAAACAAGGGACCAAGGCCAGUCCAAAAAAGAGCUCCGUGAUCUCAUUGUGCAGAAGACUGUGGACAAAAUUAUGCGGUCAGUAAAAAAUAUCCCCAGCACAGAAGAGAUGAUUGGAAAGUACUUGAGCUCCUACAAGGGAAAAAUCAAAAAACUUAUACAGGAAUACUUUAUAUACGAGAAAAAAGCUCUUCAGUGAAAUUUGUUGAGCCAAAAAUAUUAAUAUGGGCGCUUAAGUUAUAUUGGACUGAACAAUUUAUUUUCAGACAGUUACUGUGCUUGUUUAUUUUGAGGCAAAUUCUCUUCAGUGAAACUUGUCUAGUCGAAAUGGCUAAUAUGGGUGGUUGAGAUAUUUUCGGAUUGAACAAUUUAUUUUCUA